AUGAAUUUAAUGCUCUUCAGAUUCUUGACCUACCUUCACGUCGGGCUCCAGGUCGCUCUUCAGAUGUUUAUUUACCCUUGUCAUUUGCAUCCCCAACCUUGUCACAUCUUGGCACGCAUCGGUCACACGGUGCGUUUGGGUGCGCUCUUGCCGACCCGCCAGCAGUCCAGGAUACAGGGCGCGCUCAACCGCGCCUUGGUCCACCUCCGGCAAAGUGGGAACAACUUCUUACCGUACAAUCUGAGCUUGGAAGUGUUGUCCCGAGAACCGCUCAAUGGAGACCCGGAGUCCAUUUUCAGGUGCGUGUGUCAGGAUAUCGUUGUGCAAGGAGUCUCCGCCGUGCUUGCGUUCCCACAGAGACACGAGGAGCUCGUACAAGUGGAGUUUAUGUCUUCGUUUUUGGAAAUACCUUUCAUCAGCAUCCUUGAACAGGGUGAACCUCUUAAGACUCAGAACCGGUUCCACCUGCAGAUGAUGACGCGCACGGCCCCCACCAGACUGGCGGAGCUGCUGUUAGCGGUGUUGCUGAAGGGGGGCUGGCAGGGCGGGGCUGCCACUCUUUGUCCGGAAGGUGGCAACACGGGCAUGCCGGAAGAGUUGGAACAGCUGGGUCAUCUGGGCGUGGAUGGAGAACACUGGCACCUUUGGGAGACCCUCAACCUAUCCAGACUAGUAACUACAACAGCAGAGGAGGAAAAAGAACUAUUGACGGAAGAUAAGGUGAUGGAGUUUCUCUCACAGCUCUUAAGCAGGACUCCAUCUGCCCCAGCGUCCUCCAUGGUUCUCUUCAGCUCCGACCCAGAAUGCACGGCCACUGUGCUACGGAGCGGCCACCGGCUGAGUUUUGCGUUUCCCCCGAUGCAGUGGAUUAUGGGAUACCCACUUAGUUUGGAUUCUCUACAAUCUAUCGGCUCUCCCCUUGGCCUUCUGGCUUACGGGGAGGUGAAUCGCAAACCCCUGAACUUCUACAUAAGAGAUGCCCUCCAGCUGAUUGGCAGGGCUGUGUAUGCUGCGACCAUGGUGAGACCUGACCUGGCGCUUAUCCAGAACAUGGUCAACUGCUUUGAUAAACCCAAUAAACAUGAGUUGCCCUCCUCUGGACAGUACCUCGCCAGGUUCUUGUCAAACACUUCCUUCAUGGGGCUGACAGGCCCAGUGCGAGUACAGCGCUCUCUCUCCAGGGUUCUUACCUCCCAGCGUUACCACAUCUGGAGUCUACAGCGAGACCCUCUAGGCCAGCCCAGUUGGGUGACCGUGGCAAACUGGCAGUCAGGCCAGCUGGAAGUGGAGGAACAGGGGCUGUGGCCAGGCGCGACCCAGCGUCAACGGGAAAUGGGCCCAGGGAUCAGGCUAGGCGGCCGUUGGCAAGCGGGCCUCCCAGUGGCAGGGAGCAGAUUGCGAGUGGUGACCUUGGUUGAGCAUCCGUUCGUAUUCACACGGGAGGUGGAUGAUGAGGGCCAAUGUCCGGCAGGUCAGCUGUGCCUUGACCCUCAAACCAACAGCUCUGAAGUCCUCAACAAGCUGUUUAGAGAGCUGGAGCAGACGAACAUCAGUUCACUGCCAACUGACAUCCGUAAAUGCUGCUAUGGGUACUGCAUCGAUCUGCUGGAGAAGUUAGCUGAGGACAUGCACUUUGAAUUUGACCUGUACAUCGUGGGUGAUGGGAAAUACGGCGCAUGGAAAGGAGGUCAAUGGACCGGGCUGGUGGGCGAUCUGCUCAGUGGUGUAGCUGAUAUGGCCGUCGCCAGCUUUAGCAUCAACUCGGCUCGAAGCCGAGUGAUCGACUUUACGAGUCCCUUCUUCUCCACUAGUCUGGGAAUCCUGGUGCGCAGCAAGGACACGGCCGCACCCAUCGGUGCCUUCAUGUGGCCCCUUCAUUGGUCAAUGUGGGUGGGCAUCUUUGUGUCCCUGCAUAUUACCGCACUCUUCAUUACACUGUACGAGUGGAACAGUCCGUUUGGCAUGACGCCGCACGGACGCAACCGCAUCAGGGUCUUCUCGUACUCGUCUGCUCUGAACCUCUGCUACGCAAUCCUGUUUGGUCGGACUGUUGCCAGUAAAACACCAAAGUGCUGGACAGGACGGUUCCUCAUGAAUCUUUGGGCCAUAUUUUGCCUGCUGGUUUUGUCCAGCUACACGGCCAACCUAGCAGCUGUCAUGGUCGGGGAGAAGACCUUUGAAGAGGUGUCAGGAAUUCACGAUGUCAAGCUCCAUCACCCGUCUCUAGGGUUUCGCUUUGGCACAGUUCGAGAGAGCAGUGCUGAAGAUUAUGUGAAGAAGAGCUUCCCUGAGAUGUACGAAUACAUGAGGCGCUUCAACAAGCCCACCACUCCGGAUGGAGUUUCUACACUGAAGACAGAUCCUCCUCAGCUAGAUGCUUUCAUCAUGGACAAAGCUCUGCUAGACUAUGAGGUUUCUAUAGAUGCAGACUGCAAACUCCUGACUGUAGGCAAACCAUUUGCUAUUGAAGGCUACGGGAUCGGGCUGCCCCAGAACUCUCCCCUCACAAGGAACGUGUCCGAAUACGUCAGCCGCUACAAAUCCGACGGCUGCAUGGACAUGCUACACGACAAAUGGUACAAAGUGGUUCCCUGUGGAAAGAGGGUUUUUGCAGUGACAGAGACGCUGCAGAUGGGCAUCCAGCAUUUUUCGGGGCUGUUUGUGCUGUUAUGCGUGGGGGUGGCUGGGGCUUUGCUCACUCUGUUGGGGGAACACGCUUUCUUCAGAUUCAUCCUGCCUCACCUCCGAAACCAGCAGAGAUUUAAAUACUGGCUUCACACUAGUCAGAAAAUCCAUCGUGCAUUAAACAUGGGUUGUGAAGAUGACAGAAAAUCAGAGGCUGAGAGCACUAUCAGAUGUUCCACCUUGUGCCUGUCAGAGAACUGUAACCUACACCGCCUGCCAUCAGCCGCCCCCACCUCCUCGUCCCCUCAGCCUUCGACCUCCUCCGCUUCCACUUCCUCUUCCACAACCAAAUGGAACAAUCAGAGCGCAAAGGCCGGACGAGAGGCCAAAGACCAUAACAAACGUGUCCACUUCAACCUGGAGACGCUCAACAGCUACCAACUCCAAGCCGCGCCCCCCGGUCCCGAGAGGAGCCGUAGAGGGCUGGUGGGUAGUCCGCCAACCCAGUUGUGUUCCAACGGUGGCCCCAAUCUCAGUCUCAGCCUGGUGCUCUCACCUCCGGCCUGCCCGGGAGGCUCGUCGCCGUGGGAAGAAGAACUGAGGGAGCUGCAGGGGAGGAUCGAGGAGUUUCGCGGAGAGUUGAGAGCUGCCCUGGCCAGGAGAGCCGAGCUACAGCGAAACCUGGUCAGACAAAGGCUCAGCCAGUCCAAAACAGUCUCAUCCUCUAAUCCUGCCGAGACGUCGGCCCCUUCCAACACCAACACCCUGACCAAAGACAUCAACAGAGGCAGGUGAUGUAUGUGACGGGAGCGAAUAUAGGGGACGUUCUCUCAUCUGUGGAUUCAUCCAGCCCUAUAUUCUGUUUUCUCCUUUCACAUUGACUGCUGAGGUGUUAGAGAUGGAUUAAACAUUAUAUGAUGGAGAUUCGGUUUGUAAUCCUGCAGUCCGGCUGAUUUCCAGCUCAAGAGAGAAAGCAUUUAUCUGUGUAUUGUGUGUCUGUGAAUGUGUGCGUGUGUGUUAUAAGCUGGAGAGCAGUUGACAGGGAACAGACUCUUAAAUACAACAUUCACUACUUGCCAAGGUAAGUAUCUGCAGCUACAGUGGUUCUGUAUGAAAUAGCUUCUUUUUUUGUAAAUAAUUCAAUGGGAUUACUUAGUGGGAUAAACACCGAUGGACCAAAUAUUGUUUUGCUGGAGUGUACUUUUUUCACACUAUACUGUAUGAAUAGACAUGAUAUAUGUUUAUGUGUUUUAAUGGUGAUAAAGUAUGAUUCUGUAGGAGAUGUGUGACUUUCAGAUGGUCCAUUUACCCUGAAUAAUCUAAUUGUUAAAAAGUCUGA